AUGGAAAGGACAGGAAUCAGCAGCGAGUUCAAGACCUUCCGUGUCAAGGAGCUCCACCCAAGUUUCGGUGCAGAGCUCGAAGGCGUAGAUUUUCCGAACCCGUCUGAGGAGCAAUUCCGGGAGAUAUUGGCCGCGAUGGCGAAGUACGGGGUAUGCGUUUUUCGGAAAACUGGGAUGAACGACACAGCUCACGUGGAGUUCUCGCGAAGGAUGGGGGAACUUGACGAUAUUCGGCCGUAUAUAACGGCAGGGCGCAAGAUGCGGUAUGACUACUAUGAACUUUUUGACGCGGGCAACGUAGACGAGGACGGCAAUGUGAUCGAUCCGAACUCCCCAAAAGCGCAAUAUCAAAAGGGCAAUUCUCUUUUCCAUGUUGACAGCUCUUUCAACCCUAGACGUGCCUCAUUCUCGCUCCUACGCGCAUACGAGCUACCACCGCCAGGACACGGCGGCAACACCGACUUUGCCGACUCUCGCACGGCUUUCGACGAGCUUCCCGAGCCUUUGAAGUCCGAGCUGCUCGAAAAAGAGUAUGUAGCUGCGCACUGCAUGGCGCACUCUCGGAAAGUCGCCGCGCCUGAUUUCUUCAAAGACUUGGACGUGUCCACGCAACCGAUGCACCUGCAUAAGAUCGCACAAAAGCAUGAGCCCUCUGGUCGAAUGAACCUAUAUGUUGCUGCGCAUGCACACCACGUCGAAGGGCUGGACGCAGCGCGCUCAGACGCUUUGUUGAAGCAGUUGCUCGACCAUACUACACAAGAAAAGUAUCGGACCAGCAUAGCGUGGGAGAACCCAACCGAUAUGAUUAUAUGGGAUAACACCUGUGUGCUGCAUAGAGCCGGCAGCGGUACCUUUGCCGGCAAGUUCAAGAGGGACAUGAGGCGGACGACGGUGCACGACGCAAGCAGCACAGCCUGGGGCUUGAAUGAUCCGAAUAAAGCAAGAAGGCCAGGCUUCAGUCUAGGCGUAAGUAAUCAGGUACCGCAACCGGUUGCGACCUAA